AUGCUUCGCUCGUUGAAUAGUCUUGUUGAUCAAUCAUCAUCCUCAUCAUCAAGUGUUUACAAUUAUAAAACACUCAAUGAAAUGGGAACGAGACCGACAAGUGCAAGAAUAUUAAAUCAAUCAUCGAUAAAAUCAAAUAACAAAUCGAAUAAAAAUAACAGAAAUUUGAAAAAACCGCUUGUGGAUCAAUGCACACAUCUUAAUUUACCUCCAGUAUCGAAUCCUAUAUCUAUACAAGAUGUUAUCAUCGAAGGAGAAUGGCAACUACAAGAAAAUACUAUUGACCAUACGAAAUGUAAAUUGUUGGGUAUUGAAAGUUUAGUUCUCACCUGCCAUGAUAUUAUGAGCAGAACCCAAGAAAAUAUGCGAUUAAAACAGCAAGAACAACGAAUAUCUUUCAUUAGUUGGAAAUUAUGGUCAUCGAUUCGAUUCGAUGCUUACAGAACGUUGACAGAUGCUGAUCGUGCUGUACUCAAUCGUGCUCAUAUCUAUGAUUUGAUGACGAUUGUCUUUGAAGCCGCAUCAACAAGUGGAUCAAUUUCUCACCUUGUUAGUAUUUGGCGCGAAGCUUCUGAACAUAUCAAACAACGACAUCCAACUACAUCUCUGAAUCAAAUAAAGGUUUCCUAUGAGAAUGCUUUUCGGCAUUUGAUCCACACGCCGGACAAUUCUCUUCUUCAAAUAGCAGUUCAUGCAUCACUUCUCACAAGCCAUAGUCGAAUGGAUUUACAAAAUUUAGGUGAACAAUUUGGUGUAAAAAGAAAUCAAUUUGACGUGGGUUUAAUUCGAGAUUCGAUACAACACUUUCAAGACUUCAUUAAAUUUUUACGUGAACAAAAAUUUAAACAAGAGCGUGAACAGCAAACAGUAGAUACAAAUAAAUUACCGUAUAAACCAAGAAAAAAACGAGGUCUCAAUGCAAAUGUCUCUGGCACGAAAUUUUCUGCCGUUCGUCUAGCUUCGGAUGUCUUUGGAUUUGCCAUCGGUUCGGAAAGCGACUUUACAACAAAUAUGAUAUGGAAUGAUACAUUGAUAUCCAUGGAGAUCGUCUCUGCACUUAAACCUUUCCAAAAAAUUAAUCAUUUUCCCUCAAUGAGUGAAAUCUCGCGUAAAGACCUAUUAGCUCGAAAUUUCGACAAGUUGUCACGUGUAUUGCCAGAUGAAUACAACUAUACACCAAGAACAUGGGUAUUACCCAAUGAAUACAACGCUUGGUAUUCAUAUGCAUCGAGUAAACCAAAAUCAGAUUCAAUUGCCUACAUUCUUAAACCAAAUAAUGGUGCUAUGGGCCAUGGAAUUCAAGUUUGCUGUGAUUAUGAACGUAUUCAAUCAAUGGAUAAUUACAUUGUUCAAGAAUAUAUUCAAAAUCCAUAUUUAAUCGAAGGUUAUAAAUUUGAUCUUCGAAUCUAUGCAUUAGUUACAUCCUGUGAUCCACUUCGAUUGUUUAUAUUCAACAAUGGUCUCGUUCGUAUGAGUACAGAAAAAUACGAAGCAGCGAAUCGAAAGAAUGCUUCUCAUCUCUAUAUGCAUUUAACAAACUACUCCGUGAAUAAAUACAAUGUUGACUACGAAAUAAGUAAAUCCAGUACAAAUGCUGAAAAUACAGGAAGCAAACGUUCAUUGAAAUAUCUAUUCGAUUAUUUACGAACACAAAAAGAAGACGCAAAUAAACUCUGGAAAGAUAUUCAAAAUGUUGUGAUAAAAACAGUUUUUCUCGCUCAACCACAUUUAUUCAAUGCCUAUCGAAUGUGUCGUCCCGGUGCGUCUCCAUCAAGUGAAAGCGUCUGUUUUGAAUUACUUGGCUUUGAUAUCCUAAUCGAUCAGGAACUAAAACCGUGGGUGCUUGAAGUGAAUCGUUGUCCAAGUUUUGGCACAAAUGAACAAAUUGAUUUUGAUAUAAAAAUGAAAUUGUUGCUUGACACGUUUGAAUUACUUCGUUUUCGAACUUUGGAUCGAAAGAAAAGUUUAGCGAUUGAAAAAGCGGAAGCACAGCGUCGUUUGUAUACAAAUAUGGGCAAAACAAGCCGGUUGUUUGAUGAUUCUGCCUUAAUGGUUUCCAAUGGGAACUUUUCCGAUCUUCGAAGUCGGCAGAGAAAGAUUGCGGAUAUUAAAGAAAAGUUAUAUCUUCUUCAUCGUGAAAUCGCUCGUGAAACCUUCGAAAACCGUCAUUUAGGCGAUUUUAUUCGUCUUUUUCCUGUUGAAGAUAGUAUUCGUAUGAGUGAAUUGAUGAAUUUAUUGACACGAUGUUUCGAUGUUUUAUACACAAAUAAAAAAGAUUUAUCUUGGAGUAGCAAAUAUUAUAGUCGUUAUAAAGAAGAUGAAUUACUAGAUCAAUUGGCUGAAUUAGAAGAUUUAGAACAGAAUGAUCAAAACCAAAAUUCUCGUUUGGCUCAUAGUGCGCCAAUUAACAAAACUCCUUUUUCAUCUUGGUCAGCUGUAAACUUUACAGAAACGAUUAACAAUCUUCCAGUCAUCGAUCGUGGAUCACCAACCGCUAGUUUCGCAUCGCAAUGCAGUGAUAAUGCUGAUUAUGAAGAUGAUGACGAAAAUGAAAAUGAAUGUCGGUUAGAUUCACCACCACCAUCUGAUUUAUUUAGUAAAGCAUCAGCAUCAACCACGACGAUCAAAUCAAAUAAUUCUCUAAUUAAAAAAUACGCAUCCCAAUCCCGAACAGAUAUUUCUUCCACAUCGAUUUCCUCAUUACUUCUACGAAAACAACGCCAAUCUCAAUGUAUUCCUCCUACUCUUCCUCCGAAACCUCCAGUAAACUCAUCGAUUUCCAGACUAAAUCGACUUCCAGAUAGAAAAAUCAAUCCCAACGAAUCACAAUCUCGACUAGGUGCGAGAAAUGUAAACAACAAAUCUCAAAUGAUCACAUACACGACCAUUAUACAAACACCAAGAAAACCAACGAAUGGUCGAACAACAAAUCUUACUUUACCUAAAGAGUUGCAACUGAGUGCCGAAGAAUUGAAUCGCCUUUAUCAAUUGAUACUCGAACAAAUGCAUCAGCUAUGUAUUCGUUAUCCGCACAAAACUGCCGAUGAAACGCGACGAAUUUGCCAUGAAGUUGUUGAAAACUGGAAUAAAUACCGAAGUCCAAUCGGAGAGUUUUGGCUCAGUCGAUUAGAUGCACCAAAAAGACAAGCAAUUAUUCGAAUUGUUUGGACUAAUGUUCAACAAAUAAUCAAACAAAUUUGUACCACUGAUGAACCUAUUGAACAUCUUUCAUUAAGCAAGCAUUUAAUCAAAUUAGAACAACGUUUACUAUCAAAUCACGGACAAUGUCUUUGGGACAUUUGUCAAAAUCGACACAAUUCAUGGUCAACGACAUUGAUGUCGAAUACAGUGCGUUUAUCGCCGAUUGAAUUAUCAUGUUGUAAUCGGUUUGUUGAACUAUGUAAACAAGCGUUAUUUGUUGUUUAUCGUUAUUCAACUGAUGAAAAAACGGAAAAACAAAGACAACAACAAACUGAAGGAACAACAGUAACAGUUAUCGGUUAA